UAAAUAUCAUUAAAAAAAAACAAAAAAAAAAAAAAACAUCAAUUAGUGUAUCAUCUAGAAUUGCCUACAAUAAUUAUCAUAUAAAUUCGUGAGAAUGAAUGAAUUGUGUUUAUGUAUAUAUGUGAGCCAAGUACCGUUACAGUUUUUAUGUGAGUGGGUCAUCAGAUACACAUUGCCUUAGUUGUAUAGUGCGUAUUAUAUACCAACACUACUUCUUAGCUUAGAGUCAACCUGGAGGGGCCUUCUUGGCUGAAAGUACCCUGUCAGUUAUUUUAUUUUACUGGCCAACAAGCAGCAGCAUUUAACGAUAUUAGUGAUCGAGAGAACAACUCACCUGUUACACUUAUUUAAAUAUCGUAUUAGCAAACAGUGGAUAAAGUCAAUUUUAUUAUUGAAUUUAAAUUUAUAAAAAAAAAAAAAAACACAAGUUAAUUGAAAAAUUAAGAAGAAAAAGUGAAUAGUCAAUCAUGAAGAUUAUUUCAACGUAUUUGCUGCUAAUGGUGAUUGGAUUUUCAUGGCGGGAGACGAUGAGCACAUGUGUCCUGGAAUCGGAUUUUGGUUUCACAAUUAAUUGUGCCUUCAAAAAAUCCGGCCUAUUCAGAGUCAGAAAUCUUGGGGGUGUCAAAGGUUACUUAGGCCUCGGAUUUACGGUUGGUGAUGAGCUUGGAUUUCCACAAUCACUUUCAAAUUUAGAAUCAAGUAAACGAAGAAGUGUUCAAGCUGGAAAUCAAAAUUUCAUUGGAACUGGAAAUCAAAAUUUCAUUGGAAUUGGAAAUCAGCCAGUGAAGAAUCAAGUAGUCAAUGAUAAGAGACUGGUACCACCUUUUAAACCACUACCACCAGGUGCAUCAAGACCAAUGUCACCACAACUUGAACAUCAAAGACUUGUUGUACAACAAAAUUCAAGUGCUUUGAGAACAAUACCAGCUCCAUCACUUGCUGCAAUGCAAGAUGCUGCAAUAAGACAACAAAUAUAUCAUCAACAAAUUCAACAUCAACAACAACAACAAAAAAUUCAACAACAACAAAUGCAGUAUCAACAAAUGCAACAACAAAUGCAAGAACAACAAAAAUUUGCAAUACAAGAACAACAAAAAUUAGCAAUGCAAGAACAACAAAAGCAGUUUGCAAUACAACAGCAACAACGAAUUAAUCAAAAAUUACGUCAACAACAAAGAGUACAACAAGAAGCUGUAGCAAUGCAAAUGUUAAAUGAACAACGACAUCAACAGCAAGAAGUUAUGCGUCAAAAAUUUAUCCAAGAACACAAACUUUUAAAUCAACCACCGAAAAAUGAACAGGUUUCACAAAUUGUACAUGCAGUUUAUCCUCAAGUAUCAACAAAUACUAUUAAUACAGCACAAAAUCAAGUAAAUCAAGGAAAUAAUAUGAUGGCAUCAAAUUCUGGUCUACCAGCUUUUGUUGCAAUACCACAGUCAUUAUCUGAGCUCACCAAUAGAAUCAGUAAUAGUCCAACUUUACUCGUAGAUUCAGUCAAUGAAGUAUCAAAAGAUGAACUUAAUCAACUUUCACUUCCAAGUGAAGAAAUGGCAGCAACAGUUAAUGAAAUGACUCUUCAAUCAUUAAAUCCAAAUGCAUCAGGUGAUAUAAUGAAAAUUAAAAAACAACAAAAUAAUAAUAAUCGUCAAUCAGUGAGUAAUUCAGCAUCAUUAACACCAAUUCACGGAAAUAUGGAAAUUUCUUUAAAAUCAUUAGCGGAAGCUAGUAACAUGACUCUUGAAGCAUUAGAAUCAGCAAUAUUAUUAAGACAACAACAACUUAUGGGAAAACAUCAAGCAACUAUGACAACUACUUCAGCAACAACAACAACAACUAGUGCACCAGUUAAAAAUUACAACAGUGGCCUGACAAAAGUAAUGAAUGCACCACGUGAAUAUUAUCCAAUUGGUUAUGAUAAAAAUUUUGAUGAUAAUUUUUCAAGUCGUGUAGAUUUACCAGAUACAAGUUUUUAUUGUGGUGAUCAAAAACAUUUUCCUGGUUUAUAUGGUGAUGAAGAUUUAGGCUGUAUGGUAUUUCAUGUUUGUGCAUUAACUGAUGAUGGUCUUAUUAUGAAAAGUUUUCUAUGUCCAGAAUCAACUUUAUUUGAUCAAACAAUUCUCAAGUGUAAUUGGUGGUUUUAUGUUGAAUGUAAAACAACAAAAAGUCUUUAUGAUAGUAAUAUUCCAAUAAGUAAAAGUUAUCAACUCAUGAAAUCUCUUGCAUUUUUUGCUGCUUAUAAAAAUCAUGAUAAUAGUACAACAGCUGCAACAGUUGAAGAGACCAAAGGUUCUUGAUUAUUGUAAAAUUUAUUUAUCAUUAUAAUUUAUCAAGAACAAUUUUCAUUCAAUUGUACUUGAUUAAUGCUCAAAUAAUUACAUGUAAAAUAUCAUAGAUAAUUAUUAUUUUCAUUAUAAUAUUAUUUAGACAAAAAAUUGAUUCAAAAAAUUAUAAUCAAAUUUGCUUUCAUGAGGAGAAUAGAACAAAAAAAGAAAAGUGUUAUUGAUGAAUGUAUCAUCAAAUCCUUGCCUUAUGUUUAAAUUUAAACAAAAAAAAAAUGUAUAUAUAAUUUAUUUAAAUAAUUUUAAUGACGAUGGAAAUAUAUAAUGGGCUGUCAAUAUCACAGGUACCUGGGAUUGUGACAUUUUAAUUUUUUUUUUUUAGUUUUAACGUUAAACAAUAUUAAAGUGUGUCAAUAGAAAUUCAUUUUAUUAUUUACUAUGGGGUUUAUAUAUUUUUAAUAAUAAGGAUAGACACAUUUUAUUAUUUGUUUGAAAAAAAAAAAAUAAUAAAAUUACUUAUGUAUAAUUUAAAAAAUAGAUGGAAUACCAAAUUUAGAAAUUAUAAAUUUAUUUGUACAAUAAAAUAAUAAUCAAAAAAUUAAGCCAU